AUUAUUGGUGAAAUUUUAGUUUAUGCACAUGUCAUGUUAUUAGCAGUGCAACAUCAGGCAAGAGUUAUUACUAAGGAGCAGAUCAUCCAAGGACAAUGCAAAACAAUUUAAUACAAAGUAUUGAUAAACAAUCUGCUCUCACAUUAGUAUUGGAUUUGCCACAAAUUGUUAAAAAAAGCACUGAUAUCAAAAGUACCACUGCAUCAAACAAAUAAUGUUGACACGGAGACAUAAAUAGAAUUGCAAAUUGUUUUGAAUUAUGACAUCACAAAUUACUUGUAAAUUUCUUGGAAACCCCUAGAAACCACCAUUUGUUGAAAUUAGAAACAUAAACAAACAAAUGUUAAAUGACAUCACAAGAAACACCAACCAUAAAAAAUGUUCCAUUAUGACAUCACAGGCAUUACCUCUUGACAUCACAAAUCUCCCUUAGCAACCAAACAAUUCAGAAAAUUCAAAGAUGGCAGACAGGUGAAAAUUCAAACAAAUUCAAAAAGAAAAGUAAAACAUGAAGAAAAUUACAGAUUUCAUUUACAAUAAGCAAAUGCUAAAAUAAAUUACUUUGAUAAUCGAUAAAGAUGUACAAGAUGAUGAAACUACGUAAAAAGGUGAAAGGUCAAUGUGACGUUGGGGUGCAGGCGGUCUUAGCCCCAGGAGUGGGAGACUUUAUUCAUAAGAUGCAACAGAUUAUAAAUGACACAACAUAUCUCAUGCAGGAUAACCAAGCUAUGACUGAAUACCUUGCACAUAAAAUAAAGCUAAUAACAGACACUGUAGACUCUCAGGACAAACAGAUCACAACAUUUAAUGAAAAUAAUGAUACACUGAAGGAUAAACUUGAACGAAUGAUACUUGAAGUAGAUGUUCUUGAGGCGGAUGCUGAUGAUAUGAGAAAAGAAAGAGCAAAGUUGAAAGCAAAAAUAGAUGAGAGAAUACAAGAGAGAGAAGAUGCAGAGAAGGAGAUCAGUUGGUUGAUAGAAGAGAGAGAUACAUCUAACAAGAAAGUACAAAACCUCACAAUAGGAAUAGAAAAACUUCAAAAUAAUUUGAACGUUAUGGCAAAAGAACAUGAUCAAUAUGAAUGGCAAUUACAACAGAUGUUGAUGGCAGCUGAACGGCGAAGUCGCAAAGAGGUAAACUGUCUAUUAAACACUAUUGCCCGUUUGCGUGUAGAAAAUCACACUUUAAAGCAAAAGAAAUUCACAGCAGCCAAUAUAACUGAGAUGACUGGUCUACUCGCCACAACAGAAGCAUAUCUUAGACUUGCUGAAGAUAAGGAAGCAUUCCAGCAAAAGAUUGUUCUCCUUGCAUCAGAGAAAAUGGAGCUGAAAUUUGCUCUGAAAAGGCUACAAGGGAAAUUCAAUUCACUGACAAACUCAAUUGCAGCUCAUGAAAUGGCAGGAUGUAAAGCUAGUAUCAGCCAAAGGGAACUCGACAAAAUGAAAAUGGUUCAGAGAUCCCUAUGUGUCCAAGUAAAUCCUGAGGACAUCACAAAUGAUGAAGAAAGUACAUGUAAAUCUGACACGGAAUUGUCCAACAUAAGUCGCCUGCGUAGAGAUGACUCGAUAGGGUCACAAGACUCUCUGGUUUCAGUGUCGUCAUUGGGGAGCCCAAGAAGGUCUCGAACAAAGUUAGCUAAAGUACCAAUUGAUUGCCGUAUGUCAGGAUUAAUUCACAACAUAAGCAUAAUCAGACCAACGAAUGACACACCAACAGAUAUGGAAGGUGUCACACAAGAUAAUGAUUCCACCAUUUUAUCAGAAUCAGAGAAUGACUCAUUUCGAGAUGACAACGAUGUUACAUCAGGCCCAGAAUCAGAAAUACCAAGAGGUGAUAUGAAGAAAGGAAAAUAUGGACUGCCUAUUAGAAAGGUGAUAAAACCGAUAUUGCAGUAAAUCGUAGAUAUUUGGAUUAUUUACCUCAUAUUGAAUAAGAACUAUUUAGCUAGAGAUCUGAACAUUCAAUUUUUCCUAUUAUUUGCAGUACCUUGCAAAUAGAAUUUCAAAUGAUUUAAUCAGUACAGAAACAAAAUUCAAAUAGAAUUAAACUGACAACAUAAAAUCUUGUAGACCUUAUGUUAUGUUAAAGCUAUGAAACAGAACACAACUCCUAUGACCUCUGUUUUGUUCACGAUUUAUGAUGUUAUGAAUGUGCCUUAAAAACACAAGUGUGUGACUGAGUUUGAAGAUGAAUAGCCCUUAGAUGUUUACAUAGAUUUCUUGUGUUUAGUAAUUGGAACUAAUGUCAAGGACUGUUGACAGGCAAAUCUUUUAAAAAAAAGUAUGAAAUCUAGUUGGGUGACUUAUAAAAUCCAUGAUUUUAUAACAUUUUACACGUUAUUUAGACUCAAGAAUCUAUGCUCACUAGAAAUGUAAUAACAAUAUUUUUGAAUGGAGCCUAUGAAGAUUUUUGGUCUAAAUAGGUGCAUUGAAUCGAUGAGCUGAAAUUUGAGGUACUGUUGAACUUCAAUUUAUCAUGCAAAUUGAUAAACCAAAAUUAAUAUCUCCCAAUUUGCUAUUCACUCAAAAGCCAGUUAAGUUCAGUUUUUAAAAAGUACUUAGCAACAGGUGGAUAUGCGG